AUGCUUUCAAUUGAAAAACGUUGCUCUGCAUGCAAAAUGACUGGUUAUAAACGUAGCAACCAUAGAAGCUGUCCCAUGAACCCAAAGAAUCGUAUUCUUCUUAUCCCUCAAAAGAGAACAAGCUUUGUUGUCUUCACUGAAGUGCAAUAUCCUGCAGAAAGCAUUACUAAUAUGAGAGUGAGAAGAGAAUCUCCUGAAGAUCAAGUAGUACUUCAAGAGGCCACAAGUCUUGUAAUUCCUGAAACAUUAAUUGAGGAGGCUACUGUAGCAGAAGCUUAG